AUGAAGCUUUCUUGGCUUGUACCGGCCCUGCUGGUUGGGGGCGGAGCCGCAGUCGCCAGCGACAAGGUCCUCGUUAACGGCAACGUCAUUUUGAAGACUGCCCCAUACCAAAGACAAGACACACGCCCGGAUGGAGCUUCAAUACAGUCGCCCAGCGCCAACACCAUCACGGUCGACCUGGAUACACUCAAUAUCGCCCUACCGAGCCGGAAGAACCGAACAGAGCCAAAACUCACCGUCCAGAGAGAGGCUUCAGAUUCGGACCACCAUGAAGAGAACUUGCCCGUCAUCACGCUACGGGCUACCAGCCGCGACCCGCAAGACCCGCCACCUCAGCUGCCAGAGUCGUCUGGGCCAGACCCUGACCCAGACCUUGACGAGGUCUCAACCAGCGCAUCCCACGGGCCCGAGACGAGGAACCCUGCGUCGGCGAACAGGGCCAUCGCCGGCAUGGGCGUGGGGAAUACGGUUCUUGCAUCUGUGCUGGCGUGGUACAUGUGCGAUGCUCGCUACGUUACCAGUACAACCUCCCACUCGGCAGAAACAACGACACCACCAUCAGCGCCGCCGCCCCUACCCCUCCCCACAACAGAGCAAAGAAGACAGUCCGGUCCUGCCACAUCAUCAACGCCUUGUUUUGCACCACGACCGUCUCAUCAAACACCUUGCUCAUCACCCCUUUCCCUUCGUAACCCGCCCUCCACUGCUCACCCCUGUACUCAUUCGCCGGCCCAAACACCUGCAGACUCGGCUUCCUCAACGGAUCAACCCGACUCGCCGUGCUGCUCGCGCUGCUAA